AUGGUACGUUAUGUCGAGGCGGAAAUUCCAAAAUCCGUCGAAGAACAGUUAGCCGAGUUAACGGCGAUAGUCGAUAAGGAACAAGGACGAUCAAUAAAGUUUGAGGAUGUUGCCAAAAUAGUUUAUCUUAGAGAUCAUUGCAUAAGCGAUCGUCAUUUACAACCAUACGAUUAUGUUAAUAUCGACGCAGCGAAGAAGCGUGUCACUGGCAAAUUACAAGAACGUGAAGACUUUGAUGUUGUGACGAAAGGUUUGGAGCCAGAAAUAAUUGAUGACUAUAAGCGAAGCCUUCGUAACGCGAUAGUGGAUUAUGUUCUGAUGGAUUCCGAUGAACGGAAACGUUUGUCUAUCGAAACGUUUCCUAUCGAAUUCCCGGUUUUAUGCGUUCGCGCACCAGUGCCCUGGCAUCAGUCAAAAGUCACGGCAAGUCACUCGGUGCGGCACAAUCUUUUUAUCGGGAAUGAGAUACUGAGAGACAUCCGAGAUCUGUGGUUUGCAAAAUAUCAUCAGGUGAGAAUAAUUCACAUGCAAGAUUUCGGUACACUUCCUGUUCCGGCCGCGGAAAUUGAACCGAGACUCAAUGCCCUGUGCGUUGCCGCUACCGAUAUUCUCGUUAAGGAAUGGCUGGCCGACGUGGCGGAAAUCUUUCUCGAGAAGGAACGCGACUGGUCGCAGUACUUCGAGAUGCAGUCCGACGCGUCUACCGCGAUGAUCGAGAAGUACUUUCGCGGCGUCAAUUCCCUAUUGUCGAAACAAUUACGAAUCAUGAUAAUGAAGACGCUGGAAGACGUGAAAGACUUCUUCAUGCGAUACAACGCUGGCAACGCGUUUGAAGGAGAGUACAAGGAUCUUACGUUUCUCGAAACUCCUUUCAUAACAGUAAAAGUGGAACCGGAACUCGGCACGACAAAAUUACACUGUAGACCGAGCAUCCUAAAGUUGCACACUAUGAUCUCGCGGUGUUUCGACAAGAUCAUCACGGUGGGCGCUACGAUACCCAAGAUCGAGACCAUUCUGUUUCCGGAAUUGAAGGACGCGGGUUGUUUAUUUCCCAUCUCGCGAUUUGAAGAUACGGUAAUUAUACGUUUGAUAUAA